CAUUGAGCAAAGUCAUUAGUCUUUAAAUCUGCAUGUUUGAUCAAUAAAUGCUUGGGAUUUAUUGGCAUUGUAUUUUUUCAUGGRAAUGUCGUUUCUGUGUUGCAGAUGUCUUAGCAUCUUUCUGUCUCCCUUCCUGCUUUGUCCAGGUUGAUUAUGCAGUGAUUGCUUCACAGGCGGGUGCGACKCUCAACAAUCUGCUGAGCCAUGCUCAAGAGCUGGUAGCCAAACUACGCUCCCUGCAGCUGGACCAAAGGGARUUUGUUUGCCUCAAGUUCUUGGUUCUGUUCAGUCUCGACGUGAAGAACUUAGAGAACUUCCACCUGGUGGAAAGCGUUCAGGAGCAGGUCAACGCAGCACUGCUGGACUAUGUGAUGUGCAACUAUCCUCAGCAGACUGACAAGUUUGGCCAACUGCUCCUUCGACUGCCRGAGAUCCGAGCCAUCAGCCUGCAAGCCGAGGAGUAUCUUUAUUAUAAACACCUGAACGGCGACGUGCCCUGCAACAACCUACUCAUUGAAAUGCUGCACGCAAAAAGAGCUUAACAACCGGACAGUCCUGAUUCAUUCGGAAACUUGCAAGGACGUUUGUAAAAACUCAUCGACUCAUGUUCUUUUUUUUUUUUUUUUCUUUUUUCCAAACCCAAACCUCCAGCUUGUCUGCGAAGAUAAUAAAUUCGGGAAACUUAAAGUGUCAGAAACUCUUAUUUAUACUGAGCUCAUUAUGAACUUGAACACUCGGAGACUCACGGUGUGCGUAAAACAAACAGCAUUUAGAUUGCUUUAUUGUAAAAAUUCAAAUAAAGAUAAAAAAAGACUGCAAGAAGACUGUUCUCGUCAACUGAACUGCAGAAAAAAUAAACAAUUUUGAAGGGCAACAAAAAAAAAAAACCACUUGAAACAAACUCCACGUUUGACACUAUAUGAUGAUUUCUGCUCAAGCAGGACCAUAAGACUUUAGGGUUACAAGUUAAAAGCCUUCUGGAAAUAACAAAAGGUGGAUUUGUGCUGAGAAAAGGAAGCCGAAUAACACUGCCCUUCUUUCAGACAGCUCUGUAGCAACAGCUCGACGUUCCUCCUGCGUGUUCUCCCACUGAAACUGGGCUUCAGCUGUCGUCGGUUCUGUAAAGUCAAACUGACAUGCAGCCAGCCAGGCAAGUGACUCUAUUUUCUGAUCUCCCAUAUGACGCCUGCAGCAGCAGUUUGACCCAACAAACAAGGUAAAAUAAAUGGUUGGAAGAUAGGAUCGGUCAUUGAUGAACAAAAAAACUAAAGGGUGAAAUGUUUCUGUCUUUUUCCAGACAUUUGCCACUUAUGGUCGCCUUGUUGACCCCUCAUCUUGGUCAUCGUUCUAAGAAUAAUAUUUUGCUAUUUACCUAAAAAAGAACAGUGUUAGAUAAGCCCUCUUAAUAAAGUCACCAUAAAGAAUUACGUGCAUACCCCCAUUUUUUUCUGCAGUUAACACCCUUUCUUUUUAAUAUUUUACCAAACUUGGAACAAAACAAGUCAUGAUUCCACAGAUGGAGACGGAACAAACCUGCCUUCCUCCAAAAAAGACCAAAGCCCACCGUAGAAGAGGGAAGGAAAUGACUAAAACCUUAAUAAUCAGUGUUACAAUACGGAAAAGAAAAAAAAAUUGUGAUGUCACAGUUAUGUGAGUCUUGCCUUAUUUCAUUACCAUGCUAGCUAACCGUGCAGAUGUGAAUGAAAAUAUGUACAAAUAUAUAAAUAUAUAUAUAAAGUAUUAAUGUUGUAAAAAAAAAUAAAAAAGACUAAUUCAACAGGUGUUUACAUUCAUGUUGUCAUAUGGGAGAGAACUGUGAUGAAGCUUAAUUUGAAAAGUAAUGAUUUCCAAAUGAAAAAUGAAAUCAUCAAAAUGAAGAAAAGGGUUUCUCUGGUGUGUUUUCUUUGGUUUAUGUACAGUGUUUACUCUUUUUUUAUUUCUUUUUUCAGUACUUAAAUUAUGUCGUGAGACACUAAAAUCAAAGAGGAAUCACACACUUCAAUUUUUUAUCAGCAAUGCUGUCUAAGGAUUGUGCUUCCCUCUCCACAUUUUAUUUGUAAAUCCCGUUUUUGCUUCUUUUUUUUUGUUGUUUCCCGUUCUUUAAAUUUUUUGAUGUACAGUAUGUCACUGGUUACUCUUACUAUUGAAGAUAAUUUAUUGCGUCGCUGGGUCUCCAUCUUUGUGUUACAUGACGUGAGGUGUCCACGCCAAAAUAAAUUUGUUUAUUGUA